AGAAUCACUGGAUCCUCUGGCUGCAACCGGGGGAGUUAUCCAGUAUGGAUUUGAUAGCCUUGUGCUAAAAAUCUAUAAAAAAGAUGUGGAGAUGGCAAGGCUUGCAGGCCAUACGGCGCAGUCUGAAAUGGAGGAAUUGGGCAUAUGUAAAGCACUUUCAGCAAUGGAAGUGGAUGCAUCAUGCAGCUCUUCCAUUCCAGAUCAGCUGUCAUCUUCGAAAGUUCCCGAAGAGGGAACAAAACAAACCCCAGUGUCAGUAAAUGACACGAACCAAAACCCAGCGUCCGAAAAGGACGCGAAAACAAUAUCUUCCGUAUUGGAAGAUGAUGAGAUGGCUGGAAGUUUGUCCGACAUGGACACUGUCAUCGUUGCGCAGGAGGAUCUUCUUUCUGAGGAUGAGCUAUUAAACUCUACCUCAGAAACGGAAGACCUAAAUGCCACAGUGGUGGAGGUUGAUCGUACUGGUUGUAGCCAUGCUGCAGGUGGUACAGAUUAAUCUCCAACACUCCAUAAAGGCUUCGGCCGCCCUUCUUCUCCGACUAAGCAAGUCCGGAGAGGAUAUAGUCCUGAUCCAGGAACCUUGGAUUGUAAAAUCCUUGGUGAGAGGCUUCGGGACGAAAGAUUAUUCUCUGCUGUAUGUGACGGAUAAAGCGAUCGUGAUAUCACAACCGCUACACUGCAGACCUCCAAAGGAACAUAUUGGAUUACGUCUGCUUACCUAGGCCACGAUUGUGGGCCGCCUCCGGGGGAGACACUUGGGCGAAUGAUCGCAGCAGCAGCGAGCCAAAAAGUAGAUCUCCUCAUUGGCAGUGAUGCUAAUGCUCAUCACACAGUGUUGGGGAGUACUGACGUAAAUGAAAGAGGUGAGUCACUUUUUGAUUUUAUUCUAAGUACUAGUCUCCUUAUUUGUAAUAUUGGUAAUGAACCUACCUUUGUUACAAAGAACCGACAAGAGGUAUUGGACAUUACCCUUGUAUCACAGACAAUUCACCACAAGAUAAGGAAUUGGGCUGUAUCUAAUGAUCACUCAUUCUCAGAUCAUAGGUAUAUCCAAUUUAGUCUCGAAGAUGAAUGCACAAAACCCACCGGUUUUCGUAAUUAUAGGAAAACGGAUUGGGUGAAAUAUAGGGAAACUUUUACUACCUGCUACGAUAAUCAGGACAAUAUUUUCCCUUCUAAUACAGAUGAUCUUGACUUAAAAGUCAACGAUCUCACCAAAGCUCUAAACAAUUCCAUGGCUAACUCUUGUCCCCUUACCAUAAUAAGAGGAAAGAAAAAACCGCACUGGUGGAACAAAGAGCUAGAACCGCUCAGGAAAGACUGUAGAAAGGCUUUCAAUAGGGCUAAACAAACAAGGAACCCAUUAGACUGGGACCUGUAUAAAGUUUCUCUAAAAAGUUACAAGAAACAACUACGGAAAAGUAAAAGAUCCUCCUGGAGGAACUUCUGUAGUAAAAUUGAAGAUUCUUCUGAGGCAUCUAGGCUCAGAAAAAUCCUUUCAACUAAUCCAACCAUGCCGAGCUCCCUAAAAGACUCUAAUGGCGAUUGGACUAGCUCCUAUUUUAUCAAAUUAGCAAAGAUCCUAUUUCCAAGGAUAGACUAAUAUGGGCAAUAAAUAGCUUCCAUCCAUACAAAUCACCUGGGCCAAAUGGUAUCAUACCCGCUGAAUUACAACACGUCUCAGAUAUCAUACUACGAAAGUUGGAAAUUAUAAUGAUAAGCUUCAUAAGCUUCUCGUAUAUUCCAAAGGCCUGGAGAGAAGCAAAGGUGGUUUUUAUACCAAAGGCGGGAAAAUGCUCUCAUGUCACUCCAAAAGAUUUAAGACCUAUUAGUCUAUCAUCCUUUCUGCUUAAAACUCUAGAAAGAAUGAUAGAUAUCCAUCUAAGACAGGAAAUUGAACCAUGUCUGAUCUCUAAGGCACAACAUGCCUACACUAAAGGGAAAUCGGUGGAAACUGCUCUCCAUUCUCUGGUUAGCACCAUUGAAUACUCUCUACACUACAAAGAGUACACUCUUGUCGCCUUUUUAGACAUAGAGGGUGCUUUCAAUAAUGUCAGGAACUCAGCAAUCAUGAAUGCUCUUGACAAUCUCAAAAUAGAAGACCCGCUUAAGAACAUGAUAGAAAUCAUGCUUAGUAGCAGGAUUAUCAGUUCAGAGUUGGGAAACUUCAAAACCCGUAGAGCAGCCAACAGAGGGACCCCUCAAGGAGGGGUCUUAUCGCCUCUCCUAUGGAACUUAGUAGUCAACGAACUGCUGCUAGACCUAGAGGGAGAAGGUUUUAAGGUUAUCGCCUACGCGGAUGAUGUGGCAAUUGCCGUAUCGGGCAAAUACCCACAGACACUUGCAGAACUUCUACAAACAGCUUUAAACAAGCUAAUUCACUGGGCUAGAGGAUGUGGAUUGGAUAUUAAUCCCCACAAAACGGAUCUUGUCCUUUUCACGAGGAAAUACAAGAUUCCAGACUUCAAACUCCCUACAAUUAAAGAGGUAACACUUACUCUAUCCGAUCAAGCUAAAUACCUAGGACUCAUUUUUGAUAAAAAACUGACCUGGAAGCUCAAUAUUGAAGAAAGAGUUAAAAAGGCCAAUGUGGCACUCUUUUCAUGCAAAAAAGCCAUUGGUGGAAAAUGGGGAUUUUCUCCUAACAUUGCACACUGGCUGUACACAUCGGUCAUAAGACCAAUACUUACAUAUGGGAUGGUAGUUUGGUGGACCGCACUGGACAAAACGAUAAACUUAAACAAGCUUAUCAAAGUCCAAAGGUCAGCAAGUAUGUGCAUAAGCGGUGCGCUGAGGUCAACCCCUUCUGACGCCCUAGACAUACUUCUAAAUCUCACACCCCUAGACAUCUUCAGCAAACAAGUAGCAGCUAGCUCAGCUACUCGUCUAAAAGCAACCUCUCAGUGGACCAGUAAUCAUAUUGGCCACACAAACAUUCUAAACAACUUCGGAUUCCUUCCGGAUCGUCUAGACUAUACCACACCUCAACUGGUGUUCGAUAAUAAUUUCCAGAACUCCAUUCCCUCCAGAACUGAAUGGGAGAACCUUAGUACUCUGGAUAAUGACUCUUUACACUUCUAUACUGAUGGUUCAAAAACCAAUGAAGGUGUAGGAAGUGGCAUAUUUUCGGAAAAACUGAAUCUCAGUCUCUUCUUCCGCUUACCAGACCAAUGUAGCGUGUUCCAAGCAGAAAUUCUGGCGAUUAAGGAGGUUCUCUCUUGGCUCAGAGAAAACGUAAUAUCCAACACGGAUAUUCGGAUCUUCUCGGACAGUCAAGCAGCCAUUAAAUCUCUUGCCUCCGUCUCUACAAACUCAAUCACGGUCCUCGACUGUCAAACAUCUCUAAGGGAGAUGUCUGAGCAGUUUAACAUUCACCUCGUAUGGGUGCCGGGACAUAGAGACUUCCCAGGCAACUGCAGGGCAGACGAACUUGCCAAACUAGGAACAAUUACUCCUCUUCAACCAGAAAGGAACAAUAUAGGAACACCUAUCGCUACAUGCAAACUUAUGCUAAAGCAGGACGCUUUAAAGAAAACCAACCUCAGAUGGACUCAGAGUAAUACUUGCCUAGCUACUAAACAAAUAUGGCCUUGUAUAGACUUGAAACGUUCAAAGGGUUUGUUAAAUUUAAACAGAAUGCAUAUUAGCUGCACCAUAGGUGUCCUUACAGGACACUGUCUAAUAGGUAGACACGCAAAAAGAAUGGGCGUGUUCUCUAACGAUUUCUGCAGAAGUUGCAUGGAUGAAGAAGAAGAGGAAACUGUUCAACAUCUUCUGUGCACCUGCCCUGCUCUCUCUAAUAGAAGAAAACUCUAUCUAGGAGAAUUCUUCUACGAUUACACUAGUGAUCUAGUGAAAACGGACGUUAAAAGUCUAUCUUCAUUCAUAAGAAGCACCGAGUGGUUCGGCUAGUGAGUCCCAACUUGCUAGUCUUUUGUGGUAUCACAAUGGAUCCAUAAGGGUCUAAGUGUGUCGGGUAAUUUGCCUGACAGCCACUUCUACCUAACCUAACCUACCAUGCACUUUAUAGGCGUAUGCCCCUACUCAAAGAAUUAAGAAAACUGCACUUGGGAACAGCUAAUUGUGAAGAAGAUGAAGUUAUUGGUAUACUGAAUGGACGUGAUUGGCUGGCUCUUUACAACUUUGUGAAAUCAGCAUUAAGAUAUCGAAACCAAAUCUUAAGAGAAGCAUUUUAAUUAAAUUUGUAACCAAAUGAAAAAAAAAAGUACUGCAAACCUUAUUUAUAAAUGUUUUAUUAUUGAAAUCAUAAAAUUGUCAAUCUGGCAGACGGCUUUAGCCAUGUCUUUAUAGAAUUGUUAACCGAAUUCAAAAAUGUACUUAUGAUUGUAAUAAAAUCUAUUUUCUAAUCUAAAUCUAAUCUUUUGGAGAUAUCCGUUAAAAAGGAGACAUUAAAUUAAAAUUAAAAAAACGGUUCUUGGAAAUCACGUACAAAUCGUCUGUAUCGAGUUUUUAGCAAAUCUAUCCAUCUGUUUAAGCUCUUUUUUCCAAUUCUUCAAAUUGAAACUUAUAACGGUUACAGGGUAUAAUUAUUGGCAGUAUAAAAAGUACAAUUAUUGGCAGCGGCAACGAUUGAUGUCUCAAUGCACGUAUUAUUGGCACCCCCUGCCACUAGGUACUUUAUAUGGAACGAUAUAUUGGCACCCCUUUUUAACCAACCAUUGCCUUUUAGCCAACCAUUGUACUUAUGGAUGUGUAUUCUUUUUUAGAUAUUUUAUAGACAAACCUGCACCAGAGUGUCGAAUAAUUAGGCUACGAUGGAUUGAUUAUCUUCAGUAAAGGUAACGACCCUAAGCAAAACUCGUAAUAUGUAGGCAAUGAUUAAUGAAAUAAAACCACAUUUAAUUUUUUUUCGAAAAUGUGUUAGUUUAUACUUACUUUUGUGACUGAGUGUAUAUAACCUGCUAAAAAAAUUGAAACAACUGAAACUGAAAUGCAAAUUUAUUUCUUUUUUAUUGUUUAGUGGGUCUCUGACCUCCUUAGCAGAGGGUGGUGUAGUCAGUAGAGCUUAUCAGUUAACUUAUAAUUCUUAGCCUUAAAGCUUAUUUUUACAUUGCUGCUGUACCUUUCUUACAUUUUAAACGUUAUUUCUAUUGACUAUUGAAUAGAUUUUCUGAAAUAAGUACUAUAAUUUUGUAACUCUUUUGCUAAUCAUUACCUAAAUUUCCAGAAAUCAAAUACAUACACAAAAAUCGUACUAAUUUUUAGAUUUUAUUUGUUAAUUUUGAUUUUUACUUAGGUAUACCCAAGCUAUUUGUUUUUUACAAAUUUCCUUGUGUACUGUUAAUUUGUACAAAACAAAUAGCUUGCAAUGUAAAAAUAAACCUUAAAAGAAUGAUAAAUUAUUUAAUAAAAAGAAUUAUUAAUUAACUAAUACUGUUUAAGUAAUAAAAGUAAGUACGUAUACACCCGAGUGUACCCAAUAAUUCUCUUGGAUACAUAAACGUUCGAAGCUGAAAGCUUUUUGAAGAUCAUCCCGAGCAUUUAAAAAUUAGACUACGCAUGGAAAUUUCUCAAAGUUUUCUAUUAAAAAAAAUUAUUUUAAAAUCAUAUAUGGGAAUAUGCUAUACUGCUAUUUUUUGUUUAAACUAAAUCUGUAAAUGUGAAAAUAAAAAAAAAAUAGAGAACAUAAGCAACUUUUGAGAUACGAACCCAGGAUAGUGAGAUUGGGAGGCAAUCACCUUGUCACCUAGACUAUCACGACCAUGUUGAUUGAGAUAUCUUGACAUUAUUAGGGUUUUUCGGAUUAUCCGCGUUAUAUAUAUGUAAAUAUAAAGUGAGUCCACUACUGUACUCACCCUGAACGUUUCGCUUCAAAUUGCAAUGAGCGUGGUCACCAGGAAACUGCCAGCGAGAUGUUAUUAGCGAUUUUGGCUACGCAAGUUGUAGCGGGGCGUAGGAGGUUCCGUGUUUUGUUGUAGGCUUGCAAGUUGGGAGCAAACCGUAAUCACUGUAUCCUUGUUGGUGUGAAGCGGCAAUUGUGUGGAACGUGACGAGUUUAUUAGGGGUCCCACGUACGAGAAAGCUUAAAACUGUCGUCCCGAUUGAAAUUUUGAUGUCGUUUUAUUUCGAUCGCUUCACGAACCAGGCGCGGUAUAUAGUGAGGCUCUUUUGCUAGAACCUUAGCUUUACAUAUAUAUAAAGCGGAUAAUCCGAAAAACCCUAAUAAUGUCAUGUCUUAACAACCGCGAAAACCUUAAAAUUCAUAUGAGAUAUCUUUUAUCUAUAAAUACACUCAGUCACAAAAGUAAGACAAGACAAACAAUUCGUCGCUAUUGAUUGACAUAUUUUAUCAGAAUGUAAGAGGCCUCAGGACUAAGACCAACAAGGUCUACUAUUCAUCUUCUGUUUGCUCGUAUGAUAUUAUUUGCCUCACAGAAACUUGGCUACAUAGCGGCAUCAAUGACUCCGAAAUUUUUGAUGAAACAUUUAACGUAUAUUGACGAGACAGAUACUCUGAUCCAAACAUCAAUACUGUUGGAGAUGGGAUUCUUAUAGCUGUAAAAUCUUACUUAAUAACUUCACCCAUCAAUGUUCCUGUUGCACUUGACAAAGAAUUUCUCUGCGUAAAAGUAUCAUUUAAAGACAAAAACCUUUAUGUUUUAGCAUUAUACAUUGUUCCUGGUAGCUCACGAGAGGUUUAUUCUAAAGCUUUUGAAUUUCUCAAUUUUAUAUAUGAGUUAUUGGAUUAUCACGAUGAAAUCUUAUGUCUUGGAGAUUUUAACCUUCCUAAUAUCGCUUGGUUACGCUCUCAAGACACAAACUUUAUGCUACCAACUGGAAAUCUUCGAUCUGAUGACGCCAAACUAAUUGACGAUAUUACUUCACUUGGACAUUUUCAAUUGAACGAUGUUCUAAAUUCAAACAGUAAAAUGCUUGACCUCGGUUUUACUACCAUUGAAGAAGAUAUUACGCUAAGAAAGUCAACUGAGCCUUUGGUUCCUGAAGAUGACCAUCACCCAUCAUUAAUCUGUUCACUUCAUAUUAACUUUCAAUGUUUAAAUAAUGAAAUAUCUGACAAUAAUAAUUAUUACUCCUUCAAUUUUAAAAAGACUGAUUUUAUAAAACUAAAUUCAUUGUUGUCACAAAUUGACUGGUCUCGUUUAAAUAAUUGUCUUAAUGUUAACUUAAUGGUAUUUGAAUUUAACAAUAUUUUAUUUGAUUGCUUUCUUAAUUCAGUUCCUAUAACGAUAAUAAAAUCAAAAUCUUUUGUUCCAGAUUGGUACGACAGUGAAAUCAAAAGUCUUAAAAAUCGCAGAAACAAAUUAUGGUCUACUUAUAAACUAUCUCCAACUGAAAUAAACUUUAAACUUUACUGUGAAUAAAGAGAUAAUUUUAAUAGAAAAUCAAGUUUGAAGUAUCUGAAUUACAUUCAGAAGGUGCAAAGAGAUCUGAAAAUGAAUCCUAAGUGUUUUUGGAACUUUAGUAACUCCAAAAGAAAAUCAUGUUCAUAUCCGUCUGUUCUCAAACUCAAUGACAUUACAAGUCACGACCCACGGGUUAUAACACAACUGUUUACUGAUUUCUUUCAAAGUGCUUUCAACUGUGAUACUCCAAUCUGUGAUACUUCAAACCGUGAUAAAUCUGACGAAGUGGCUCAAAAUUUUGACCAACUGAAAUCUUUUACUUACUUGACUGAUAUGAACUUUAACAUUAAUACUGACAAAAUUGUAAAGUUCAUAUCUAACCUUGACGAUAGUUGUAUACCAGGCCCUGAUGGUAUACCUUCUACUAUUUUCAAAAACUGUGUAAGUCACUUGUCAUUACCUUUGUCUAUUCUUUUCAACUUUUCAAUUUCUUCUUGUGUGUUUCCGUCUAUUUGGAAAAAUUCUUUUAUAAUCCCUCUGCAUAAAAUAGGAAAAAAAGACGAAAUUAAAAAUUAUAGGCCUAUUGCCAGAUUAUCUGUGAUACCUAAGCUUUUUGAGGCUAUUAUUUGUGAAUCUUUAUGUUUUUAUGUUAAAUCUCUUAUUGUUCCUAAUCAGCAUGGUUUCACAAAAGGUCGCUCCACAGUAACUUUUUUAAUAGAAUUGGCUGAAAACUGUAUUGAUUCCUUUAAAAAUAAAAAACAAGUAGACUGCGUAUUUACUGACUUCAGUAAAGCCUUUGACAAAUUGUCACAUAAAGUUCUGCUUUUUAAAUUGAGAAAAUUGGGAUUUAGCGAUUACUUUGUAAGAUGGAUUAAAUCUUAUUUACUUGACAGAUCUUACUCUGUACUUUUCAAUGGUUGCGAAUCAAACAAGUUUAAGAUCAAUUCUGGAACUCCACAGGGCAGCCAUUUGGGUCCUAUUCUUUUUAUUCUGUUUAUUAAUGACUUACCAUCCGUUUUAAAACACUCAAAGUGUCUCAUUUAUGCCGACGAUGUGACUAUCUUUAAAUCUAUUUCAAAUACUCGUGAUUGUGAAGAACUCCAAUGUGACCUUAAAUCGUUUUUCCACUGGUGUACUCGUAACUGUUUGAGUCUUAACAUCGAUAAAUGUAAAACUAUGUGUUUUACUAGAAAACUUUCUUUUAAUUCGUUUAAUUAUCUGUUUAAUGGUGUGUCAAUUUCUCGUGAAAAUGAUGUUUCUGUGCUCGGUGUCACAUUUGAUCGCAAACUCGAAUUUGUUUAACAUAUUAACUCCAUUACUAAUAAAGCUAACUCAAUUCUUGGAUGGAUAAAGAGAGAGUCGAAACAAUUUUCCGAUCCCUUCGUUAUAAAACAACUUUUUAUAUCUUUCGUUAGGCCUGUUCUAGAAUAUGCUUGCCAAGUUUGGUCGCCUCACUAUGACUGCCAUAAAAAUAGACUGAAACAAGUGCAAAAAAGAUUCCUAAGGUUUGCCCUCAGAGGACUUGGGUGGACUAACCCUUAUGAUCUCCCACCCUAUAACAAUAGACUGAAACUCAUUGAUCUUCCCAGUCUUGAGAACAGACGUUCAUAUUUAUGUUUUGUAUUCAUUGUUAAAUUAAUCAAUGGUAAUAUAGACUCUUUGCACCUUCUGUCUCGUAAUUUCAAUAUUCCACAAAGAAACUUGAGAAACAUACCAGAUAGUAUACUUAUUUCAAACUGUCGUACUAAUUAUGAACAAUUUUCACCUCUAAAUAAAAUGUUUAAACUUUUUAACUUACAUAACAACAGUUAUUAUAAUUUGUUUGACAAAAGAAUAGCAAAUUCUAGUAAGUUUAAAUUAACAUUUUUCUCUAUAGUCAAUUAAAAUCAUAUAUCCUAGAUUAAGUAUAAUUAUUGUAAACUAGUAAAUUAGUUAUGUUAACUAAAUAAAUAAAUAAGUAUACACCCCUAACUUUGUUUAACCAAGACCUCAAAAAAAAAAUCUAACACAUUUUCGAAAAAAAUUUAAAUGUGGUUUUAUUUCAUUAAUAAUUGCCUACAUAUGUACAAAAAAAAAUGUGUCAAAUAGUAUCCAAAUCGAGUGACUGGGGGACGUUUGGAUCUGGUUUUGAAAGUUUUUGAUCAAAAAUUCACUCAAAAAGACCGAGUUUUGAUUAGGGUCGUUACCUUUAUUGAAGAUAAUCAAUCCAUCUUAGCCUAAUUAUUCGACACUCUGGUGCAGGUUUGUCUAUAAAAUAUCUAAAAAAGAAUAUACAUCCAUUGUUUCCUCAAGGAGACCAAGUAACACACACCAAAAGCUAUAAGCAAAAACCCCCAUACCAUAAACGAAUCACUGCGCCGUUUUUACCAGUGGUCAAGGGGCAGUUUCAUUUUUGUAAUAUAUUAUUUAUCAAAGCAGUAGCCAAUAAGAAACUUGAAUUUUUUUUUCGAAACAUUUUUAAAUAUAUAUUUGAAAAGCAAUUUCUAUUGGCCGCUUAUUUUAAAAUAUUUUGAUUGACGGUUACUUUGAUUAAAUAAAAAUUUAUAAAAAAAACCCCCACCAAACCGAAACAACUGAAAUGUGAACAUUUUGUUUCUUAUGUUUGUUUUUUCUUUUUUUUGGGGGUCACUAGCCUCCUGACGAGAAGGUUCUGCAUAUUCUUCAAUUAUAAAUAGGCACAAUGCACGAAAGUGUUGCUCAUAUAGCUAGAGUUUGCUUCUUAAGCAUUUUAUGUAGAAUGAAGUCAAACAUAGAACUUAGCAAUAAAUUAGUAUUAAGUAUUGAAAUGUUAUGAACAUCAACUUACCUUUUUUUUAAAUAACGCCUUUUUUGUUUUAGUGAAAGAAUUGUAAAAAACAAAAAUCAAUUAUGAGCGGAGGAAUCAAAAUACUGUUGCAAAGUCGGGACUUUUCGAAAUUUCACAAAAACUGCAUUAAAUCGAAAACCAUAAGGAUUUGGGAUGAACAAGUUAUCAAAUUCUGAGAGCCCUAAAGUUGGCCUAUCAGCAUAUUUCGUUUGAUCCAUUACUUUUGGGACACCCUGUAUAAUUUUAGCGAGAUAACUAAACUAAUACAUAUUAAGAAUUCCUUCGAGUACGAGUAGGUACCUAGAUAAAAAAUGUUAAGUCGCAUAAAAAUCAUCAAAGUUCAAAAAUUAUUUUUAUCCGUUUGGACAGUACAACGAUAGCCUUUAGUUAAGACCUCCCUUUCAUUAAAAUCUCGAUAAUCAUUUUUAUCAAAAAAACAAAACCGACUUCCAUGAUUCAAAAGGGGGUUUUAUGGUUUUUCUAAUAUUUCCUAUAGCUUAAACUGAACGAAAUUGAAAUGGGACCACAUUGCAGCCACUAGCUUUCCAAUACAAAAAAAUUUAUCAAAAUUGACUCACUCUGUCCAGAGUUAUGCGGUAACAAACAUAAAAAAUAAAAAAAUACAGACGAAUUGAAUACCUCCUCCUUUUUGGAAGUCGGUAAAAAAAUAAAUUCCUCACAAUACCAAAACUUGGUCUACAGGGUCUGCAAGAUGCUCAAACCCACCUACACUGUUUUGGCCUUAACGUUGGUAAUUUUCCAGAUUUUUUUAUUUUCAAGCAUAUGUACGUGCAACGGCAAUCAACCCUCCAGUUUCAAUUCUUUUACUUCUCUGAAAAUAAUACUACUAUCAUUUUCAUAAUUCUUUGAGACCUUUGGCUUAUAUAUUAAUGUUUGACCAAUCAGAUAAAAUCUCUUCCAUUCCAUUAUUGUCAUUAUUUCACAACGUUCCUCUUAUUGUUGCCAGAUCAAGUACAAUACAAAAAAAAAAAGCCUCCACAAAUCUCGUAGCAUUUCGCUGGCAGAGAAU